GAUAAUAAUAAUAAGAUUGGUCUUGGCAUCACUCUCCUCAGAUAGACCUCCUUUCAUGUCAGCAACCAAAGCUACACACACCCAAUCCACCAGAAACUUCCUCUUCUCCUACCCUCUCUCGAUCCACCUUAUAAACUUCCUCUCAUCUCAUCCAUUUCUAGAUAGAAUCACCCUGUUCAUGCUCUCUUAAUAAGAGUUCAAAGACACGACAUAGUGUUCAUGGCUACUUCUUGUUAUGCUUUCCUCUGUUUUAUACUCUGUUUCUCUUGUAUCUCUGUUUCAAUAUCAGAGAUUCUUUACCUCCCCCUAACCCACUCCCUUUCCAAUACCCAGUUCACCUCAACACACCACCUACUAAAAUCCACCUCCAGCCGCUCCGCCUCCCGUUUCCAGCAUCAGCACCAGAAACGCCACCUCCGAAACCGCCAUCAGGUCUCUCUUCCUCUCUCUCCAGGCAGUGAUUACACUCUGUCUUUCACUCUCAACUCCAACCCUCCGCAACACGUGUCACUCUACCUUGACACCGGCAGCGACCUUGUGUGGUUCCCUUGCAAGCCGUUUGAAUGCAUUCUUUGUGAAGGCAAAGCUGAAAACACCACUGCUUCAACGCCGCCUCCAAGACUUUCCUCCACUGCAAGAAGCGUCCACUGUAAAUCAUCUGCAUGUUCGGCUGCUCACUCAAACCUUCCAACUUCAGACUUAUGUGCUAUUGCCGACUGCCCUUUGGAGUCCAUAGAAACUUCGGAUUGCCACUCAUUUUCUUGUCCAUCAUUCUAUUAUGCAUACGGUGAUGGCAGCCUCGUGGCUCGUCUUUAUCAUGACUCUAUAAAACUACCAUUAGCAACACCAUCUUUAUCACUCCACAACUUCACCUUCGGCUGUGCCCACACAGCUCUGGCUGAGCCAGUUGGGGUUGCUGGAUUUGGCCGUGGCGUGCUUUCUUUACCUGCUCAGCUUGCUUCAUUUGCUCCUCAACUCGGGAAUAGAUUUUCUUACUGUUUAGUGUCUCACUCGUUUAACUCAGACCGACUCCGCCUUCCCAGUCCACUCAUUCUUGGACAUUCUGAUGAUAAAGAGAAAAGGGUUAAUAAAGAUGAUGUUCAGUUUGUUUACACUUCUAUGCUUGAUAACCCAAAACACCCUUAUUUCUAUUGUGUUGGAUUAGAGGGUAUUUCUAUUGGCAAAAAGAAAAUUCCGGCGCCGGAAUUUCUGAAAAGAGUUGAUAGAGAAGGAAGUGGCGGGGUGGUGGUGGAUUCAGGGACAACUUUUACAAUGUUACCAGCGAGUUUGUAUAACUCGGUGGUGGCUGAGUUUGAUAACCGAGUUGGGCGAGUUUAUGAACGAGCAAAAGAAGUUGAAGACAAGACAGGGCUUGGUCCGUGCUACUAUUAUGACACUGUAGUGAAUAUACCCAGUUUGGUCUUGCAUUUUGUAGGGAAUGAAUCUAGCGUCGUGCUGCCUAAGAAGAAUUACUUUUACGACUUCUUGGACGGUGGAGAUGGUGUCAGGAGAAAGAGGAGAGUUGGGUGUUUGAUGCUGAUGAACGGCGGAGAGGAGGCUGAGUUGACUGGUGGGCCAGGGGCUACCUUGGGGAAUUACCAGCAACAUGGGUUCGAGGUGGUUUAUGAUUUGGAGCAGAGAAGGGUUGGGUUUGCAAGGAGGAAAUGUGCAUCUUUGUGGGAAAGCUUGAACCAAGGCUAACGUGCGCUCAAGGUUGAAGUUUUUUCUCGGGGUUGACCGCACGUGAGUCUGAUCCUAUGAUAUAUUAUAUAUAUAUGUAAGUAAACCUAGGUUUAUGUUGUGGUAAUAAGUUGUUGGGUUUAAGGGGGGCAUCUCAGUGAAUGGUGGUGCACUUCACUUUUUGCUUUUGACUUUUAUUUUUUCACAAAUAUUGUAAAUUUGGAAUAAUUUUAUACUUUGGCACAUAAUGUGGAAAUCGACAAGGCAAAAAUUGAAGUGCAAUUAACAUAUGCAAGUCAUUUUUUCA